AUGACUGUCCGCGCGGAAAAGUUCACUCCGGAAGUGCUGCUCUCUGCUCCUCGAAGAUCUGCAGCAACGCCAAAUGCAGAUGGGGCAUUGGCUUUAUUCACAGUCCAGACCUGGAGCUUCCAAUCCCACAAAAAGUCUGUGGAGAUUCGAGUACUGGAUGUGAAGACGGGACAGUCGAAGGUGCUCACGGAUGACAAGCAGUGCAGUGAGCCAACAUGGUUGGGCGAGAAGAACUUGGUGUUGUGGUUGAGAGCAGGAGACAAGGGGACUACGAGCUUGGUACUUGCAGACGCCGAGAACUUGGACAACAGACCGGAAGAUAUUGCCAGCUUCAAUGGCGAUGUGAAGAACCUUAAAAUUUCACAUCUCGACUCCAAUACCGUAGCUAUUGUCCUUACUGGACUCGCUACCCCCUCUGGCGAGCUCUUCAACUCAGAAAAUGCCGUGAAGCCUUUGAAUUCGGGAAAGAUCUAUGACAAGCUCUUUGUCAGGCACUGGGAUGCCUAUGUUACGGAGAACACGAAUGCCAUUUGGUAUACCACUUUACAGAAGUUACAUGGAGUAUGGGGUAUGGUCGUUGCCCCCUUGACCAAUGCUCUAGCUGGACACUCCUUUUCCUUGGAAUCUCCAGUUCCUCCAUUCGCUGGAAAAGGCGAUUUCGAUAUCAGCAAGAACGGCAUUGUGUUCGUCGCCAAAGACCCCGAGCUAAACCAAGCGACCACCACCAAAAGCAACCUAUACUACAUUCCGCUCAGAAGCUUCACAGAGACCAGACCUCCCUCACCGCAAUUGGUCAAAACUGGCAAUCUGAAAGGAUACAGUGGCUCUCCAGUCUUCUCACCAGAUGCGAAAUCUGUAGCAUUCUGGCGGAUGCAGGAUCCACAGUAUGAGAGUGACAAGCCCAGACUCCUCCUUUGGGCAGAUAUUACAGACCUCACCAAUGUUCAGGAGUUCUACGAGACUUCAGAUGGCGAAGGGCGCUGGGAUUUGAAGCCAGACAGCAUCACUUGGAGCGAGGAUGGAGAAGAGCUGUACGUAACGGCCGAAGAAAAAGGUAGAGGGAAGCUAUUCAAAAUCCCAGCUUCUCCUCGCCGAGCACGAGACCUCCCGGUAGCUAUCACUCAUGACGGAGCUGUAGAGAGUGUCAAACUUCUUCCCAAGAAUCGGUUGUUCGUCAACAGUACUUCGUUAGUAGAUAGCAGCAUCUGGUCUGUUCUCGACCCAGCCAGACCAUCAGAGAAGUCUGUGAUAUCAUCCAGCUCUAAGGGAGGAAAGUCAUUCGGCAUCUCUCAAGACCAGGUCGACGAAUUCUGGUACGCCGGCUCCGAAGACCAACUGAUCCACGCCUGGCUCAUCAGGCCCUCCAACUUCGACCCCAAGAAGAAAUACCCCCUAGCAUACCUCAUCCACGGCGGCCCACAAGGAGCAUGGAACGAGUCAUGGUCUACGCGCUGGAACCCCCUAAUCUACGCCGAACAAGGCUAUGUCGUCGUAACGCCCAACCCAACCGGCUCCUCAGGAUACGGCAUGGCCUUGCAAAACGGCAUCAAGAGCGAAUGGGGCGGCCGUCCGUACAUCGAUCUCGUAAAGGGAUUCGAGUACAUCGACAACAACAUCCCUUACGUGGACACGACCCGCGCCGUGGCCCUCGGUGCCUCAUACGGCGGCUACAUGAUCAACUGGAUCCAGGGCCACCCCCUCGGCCGCAAAUUCAAGGCGCUCGUCACGCACGACGGCGUCUUCUGCACCCUCAACCAGUACGCCUCGGAGGAGCUCUUCUUCCCCCUCCACGACUUCGGCGGCACCCUGUGGGACAACCGGGCCGUCUACGAGAGCUGGGACCCGAGCCGCUUCGCCGCCGACUGGGCGACGCCGCACCUGAUCAUCCACAACGAGCUCGACUACCGCCUGCCAAUCGGGGAGGGCCUGGCCGCCUUCAACGUGCUGCAGAGCCGUGGCGUCGAGAGCAGGUUCCUGACCUUUGCCGAUGAGAAUCAUUGGGUGCUCAAACCCGAAAAUUCACUGUUGUGGCACAAGACUGUGCUGGAUUGGAUUAACAAGUUCAGCGGCAUCACAGCCGAGCGAGAAGAUGAGCGUAGGCAAGGCCGAGUCAAGCCCGAGAUAUCAGCUAUUGUGAGCAAGCCAGUCAUAAAUACCCUCGUCAAAUCUCACGAUCUCAUGCCUCAAAAAUUCCCAGCGACCUUCUCCCCUGCCUCACAACAAGGGCCCAUCGGGUGA